AUGGUCAUUCUGCAACAGGGGGACUAUGUCUGGUUGGACCUUAAGACGGGCCGGGAGUUCGACGUCCCGGUGGGAGCCUUGGUCAAGCUCUGUGACUCGGGACAGAUCCAGGUGCUGGACGACGAGGGGAGGGAGCACUGGAUCUUGCCCCAGAAUGCCACCAACAUUAAGCCCAUGCAUCCCACCUCCAUCCACGGGGUGGAGGACAUGAUCCGUCUGGGGGACCUCAACGAGGCCGGGAUCCUGCGCAACCUGCUCAUCCGCUACAACGAGCGUGUCAUCUAUACUUACACGGGGUCAAUUCUGGUGGCAGUAAACCCUUACCAGCUGCUGCCCAUCUACACGCCAGACCAGAUCCGCCUGUACACCAAUAAGAAGAUCGGGGAGAUGCCACCUCACAUCUUUGCCAUCGCAGACAACUGCUACUUCAACAUGCAGAGGAACAACAAGGACCAGUGCUGCAUCAUCAGUGGUGAGUCUGGGGCCGGUAAGACAGAGAGCACCAAGUUGAUCCUGCAGUUCCUGGCAGCCAUCAGUGGACAACACUCCUGGAUAGAGCAACAGGUCCUGGAGGCCAACCCCAUACUGGAAGCGUUCGGGAAUGCUAAGACUAUUCGGAAUGACAACUCUAGUCGCUUUGGGAAGUACAUCGACAUCCACUUUAACAAGAGCGGGGCCAUCGAGGGGGCCAAGAUAGAACAGUACCUUCUGGAGAAGUCCCGAGUCUGCAGACAGGCUGCAGAUGAGAGGAACUACCACAUAUUCUACUGUAUGCUGCGGGGCAUGGCCCCAGAGCUGAAGAACAAGCUUGGCCUGGGCCUCGCCACUGACUACUCCUACCUCACCAUGGGGAACUGUACAAAGUGUAACAGCCGUGACGACCUGAAGGAGUACUCCAGCAUCCUGUUGGCCAUGAAGGUGCUGAUGUUCACAGAGAUAGAGAACUGGGAGAUCUCCAAACUACUGGCGGCCAUCCUACACAUGGGCAACUUGCGCUACGAGGCCCGUUGCUAUGACAACCUGGAUGCCUGCGUGGUGGUGCGAUCUCCAGACCUGUCCACUGCUGCAUCUCUGAUGGAGGUGGACCCUAAGGACGUGAUGUCAUGUCUGACCACUCGUACCCUGAUCACCCGGGGUGAGAGUGUGUCCACCCCCCUCAGCAUGGAACAGGGCCUGGACGUCAGGGACGCCUUUGUCAAGGGUAUCUAUGGGAGGCUGUUUGUGUGGAUUGUGGACAAGAUCAACGCGGCCAUCUUCAGACCUCCAUCCUGUGAGAGUAAGAUCAUAAGGAGGUCCAUUGGCCUGCUCGAUAUCUUCGGCUUCGAGAACUUCACAGUCAACAGCUUUGAACAGCUGUGCAUCAACUUUGCCAAUGAGAACCUGCAACAGUUCUUUGUGAGGCAUGUGUUCAAGCUGGAGCAGGAGGAGUACAACCUAGAGGACAUCAACUGGCAGCACAUCGAGUUCACUGACAACCAGGACGCCCUUGACAUGAUUGCCAAUAAACCUAUGAACAUCAUAUCUCUCAUAGACGAGGAGAGCAAGUUCCCCAAGGGAACAGACUCCACCAUGCUGUAUAAACUCAACUCCCAGCACAAACUCAACACCAACUACCAUCCCCCUAAGCACACCUACGAAACACAGUUUGGCAUCCAGCACUUUGCUGGGGUGGUCCACUACGAGACCAGAGGCUUCCUGGAGAAGAAUCGUGACAGCCUCCACACUGACAUUAUCCAGCUGGUCCACUCCUCCAAGAACAAGUUCAUCAAGCAGAUCUUCCAGGCUGACGUCGCCAUGGGUGUGGAGACCAGGAAGCGAUCCCCUACUCUGAGUAGCCAGUUCAAGCGUUCUCUGGAGCUUCUCAUGAGAACCCUCAAUGUAUGUCAGCCUUUCUUUGUCCGCUGCAUCAAACCCAACGAGCUCAAGAAACCCAUGCUGUUUGACAGGGAGCUGUGUGUGCGUCAGCUGAGGUACUCUGGGAUGAUGGAGACCAUUCGUAUCAGACGUGCCGGUUACUCCAUCAGAUACACCUUCGGAGAGUUCGUAGAUCGUUACCGCGUCCUCAUGCCCGGAGUCAAACCUGCCAACAGACAGGAGGACCUGAGAGGGACGUGUGAGAAUAUAGUGGAGGCUGUUCUUGGACGAGAUGACGACUGGGAGAUUGGGAAGACCAAGAUCUUUCUUAAGGACCACCAUGACAUGCAGCUGGAGAUAGACAGGGACAAGGCCAUCACUGACAAGGUCAUCCUCAUCCAAAAGGCUGUAAGAGGAAUGAAGGAGAGGACUAACUUCCUGAAGGUGAGGAGGUCAGUGACACUCAUUCAGAAGACGUGGCGCGGCUAUCGGUGCAGGAAGGACUACAGUGCGAUGAGGAUCGGCUUCCUGCGCCUCCAAGCCCUCUAUAGGUCAAGAAAACUCUUUGUCACCUACCAAUUGGCCAGGACGUGCAUCACUCAAAUACAGGCCCGUUGCCGUGGUUUCAUGGUGAGGCGGUCCUUUUGGCGGCAGCUGCAUGCAGUGAUCACCAUCCAGGCAUACGCCCGGGGCAUGAUCGCACGGAGGGUUACCCAGAGACUCAGGGCAGAGCACCGGCGGCGUCAAGAGGCGGAGGGCCAGCGUUUGGUCGAGGAGGAACGUCUGAGGAACCAGAUGACGGUGCGGCGGGCACGAGCCGAGGCUGAGAGGAGUCACCGGGAGCGCCUGGCUGAGCUGACCCGUCAGGAGGAGCAGAGGGAGAUGGAGGCACGGGAGGAGGCGCGACGAACGAAGGAGAUGGUGGAACAGGUGGAGCGGGAGAGGCAGCAGCCGGUGGACCACUCAGACAUGGUGGACCAGAUGUUUGGCUUCCUGGGGAACACAGGGGCACUGCCUAACCUGGAGGGACAGGGGCCGGCCGGCUUCGAGGACCUGGAGGUGGCUCUGCGGGCCGAGGGGGAGGAGGACGACUUAGACGAGGCUCUCCCUCUGCCUGACGACGAGGAAGAGGACCUGUCGGAGUACAAGUUCUCCAAGUUCGCCACCACGUACUUCCAGGGCACCACCACACACACGUACGUGCGGCGCACGCUCAAGCAGCCUCUGCUCUUCCAUGAGGACGAGGGUGACCAGCUGGCAGCGCUGGCGGUGUGGAUCACAGUGCUGAGGUUCAUGGGGGACCUGCCCGAACCCAAGUACCACAUCGCCAUCAGUGAUGGCUCGGAGAAGAUCCCCGUCAUGACCAAGAUCUACGAGACGCUGAGCAAGAGGACCUACAAGAGAGAGCUACAGACCGUGGAAGGAGAGGUGAGGGAGAACAGCUCAAUUGAAGGUGGUGGUGGGCAAAAGAAGAACAGUGUGAGACACAAGCUGGUCUCUCUCACCCUGAAGAGGAAGUCCAAGAUCACUGAGGAGGUGACCCGGCAUUUGACGGACGGCGAUUACAGCCUACGGGGAAACAGCAUGCUGGAGGACCGGCCCACCUCCAACCUGGAGAAGCUGCACUUCAUCAUCGGCAACGGCAUCCUAAGGCCCGCCCUCAGGGAUGAGAUCUACUGUCAGAUCUGCAAGCAGCUGACCCAGAACCCAUAUAAGAGUAGCCAUGCACGUGGCUGGAUCCUGCUCUCCCUCUGCGCUGGCUGCUUCGCUCCCUCUGAGAAGUUUGUCAAAUAUUUGCGUACGUUCAUGAUCAGUGGUCCGCCGGGCUACGCUCCAUACUGCGAGGAGAGGUUGAGGAGGACCUUUGUGAACUGCACCAGGACCCAGCCACCAUCUUGGCUCGAGCUGCAGGCCACUAAGUCGAAGAAGCCCAUCAUGUUGCCGGUGACCUUCAUGGAUGGCACCACUAAGACCCUGCUGACCGACUCAGCCACCACAGCCAGCGAGCUGUGUAAUUCCCUGGCGGACAAGAUCAGCCUCCAAGACCGCUUCGGUUUCUCCCUCUAUAUCGCCCUGUUUGACAAGGUAUCCUCAUUGGGCAGCGGCAGCGACCAUGUGAUGGACGCCGUGUCGCAGUGCGAGCAGUAUGCCAAGGAGCAGGGCGCCCAGGAGAGGAAUGCUCCCUGGCGCCUUUUCUUCAGGAAGGAGAUCUUCACACCCUGGCACAAUCCUGGCGAUGACAGCGUGGCCACCAACCUCAUCUACCAGCAGACCGUCCGGGGAGUGAAGUUUGGCGAGUACCGCUGCGAGAGGGACGAGGAUCUGGCGGAGCUGGCAUCUCAGCAGUACUACGUAGAAUAUGGCUCCGAGAUCCUCCAAGAGCGCCUCCUCAAACUCAUCCCCUCCUACAUCCCUGACCGUGAAAUCAGCUCCGCCAAGACAACUGACAAGUGGGCCCAGCUAGUUGUCUCUGCCCACAGAAAGGGAGUCUACACCCAGAAGAGGUUGGACCCUCAGAAGGUGAAAGAGGACGUGGUUGACUUUUCUCGUUUCAGGUGGCCUUUACUCUUCUCCCGCUUCUACGAGGCCUUCAAAUUUUCAGGACCUAGCCUGCCUAAGAAUGACGUCAUUGUGGCAGUGAACUGGACCGGGGUCUACUUUGUGGAUGAGCAGGAGCAGGUCCUUUUGGAACUCUCUUUCCCAGAGAUUACUGCUGUGUCCAGUAGCAGAGGGGGUAAGCUCCAGGGCCAGAGCUUCUCGCUGGCCACCAUCAAAGGAGACGAGUAUACGUUCACCUCAAACAAUGCAGAGGACAUCCGUGACCUUAUUGUGACCUUCCUGGAAGGCCUCAGGAAGAGGUCAAAGUUUGUGGUGGCGCUGCUGGACUGCCCCAACCCCUCGGGCGGCGAGGACUCCACCUUCCUCAGUUUCUCCAAGGGCGACCUGAUCCUAUUGGACGAGCACUGCGGCGAGCAGGUCAUGACCUCGGGGUGGGCCCAUGGGGUCAAUGACAAGACCAAGCAGCAGGGGGACUUCCCGGCCGACUGCGUCUACGUCCUGCCCACCGUCACCCGGCCGCAGUAUGACAUCGUGGCUCUGGUGACUAUGACUCCAGACCAGAGAAGAGAGUCCAUCAACCUGUCCCAGAUGGCCCUGGCUGAGAGUGAGGACAAGGUCAAGCCUUACACCCUAGAGGAGUUCUCCUACGACUACUUCAGACCCCCUCCUAAGAGCACUCUGAUCAGGGUAAUGAUCCCUAAGGGCCGGGGGAAGGAGCGUCUGUGGUGUUGCACCAGGGAGCCCCUCAAACAGCCUCUGCUGAAGAAGGUGCUGGCCCAUGAGGAGCUCUCCCAGGAGGCCCAACUGGCCUUCAUUGCCCUGAUGAAGUAUAUGGGUGACUACCCAUCCAAGCGAGCGCGUUCGGUCAACGAGCUGACCGACCAGAUCUUUGAGGGAGCGCUGAAGGCAGAGCCACUCAAAGACGAGAUCUACUGUCAGAUCCUCAAACAGCUCACCGAGAACCACAUCAAGUACAGUGAAGAGAAGGGCUGGGAGCUGCUGUGGCUCUGUACAGGUCUGUUCCCCCCCAGUAACAUUCUGCUACCCCACGUCCAGAAGUUCCUCCAGGCUAAGAAGCACCACCCCCUCGCCCCUGACUGCAUGCAGAGACUCCAGAAGGCCUUACGUAAUGGAUCCAGGAAGUACCCGCCUCACCUGGUGGAGGUGGAAGCCAUCCAGCACAAGACCACGCAGAUCUUUCACAAAGUGUUCUUCCCCGAUGACACAGACGAGGCUUUCGAGGUGGAGUCGAGCACUAAAUCCAAAGAGUUCUCUCUGAACAUCUCAGGCAGACUGCUCCUCAAGUCCUCUGAGGGCUUCAGCCUGUUUGUCAAGAUCACUGACAAGGUCAUCAGUGUGCCUGAGGGGGAUUUCUUCUUUGACUUUGUAAGGCAUCUGACCGACUGGAUCAAAAAAGCUAGACCCGCAAAGGACGGUGUAGUGCCUUCACUGAGCUAUCAGGUGUUCUUCAUGAAGAAACUAUGGACCAAUACCAUGCCAGGGAAAGACUCCAUGGCCGACUCCAUCUUUCACUACAACCAGGAGCUUCCCAAGUAUCUCCGUGGUUACCACAAGUGUUCCCGGGAAGAGGUUUUCCAGCUGGGAGCGCUGAUCUACAGGGUGAAGUUCGAGGAGGACAAAUCCCAGUUUCCCAACAUUCCCAAGAUGCUGAAGGAGCUGAUCCCUCAGGACCAGAUCAGACACCUCUCGCCUGACGACUGGAAACGGUCUAUAGUGGCGUUGUUCAACAAGCAGUCGGGGAAGACUCGAGAGGAGGCCAAGCUCUCAUUCCUCAAAGUCAUCUUCAAGUGGCCUACAUUUGGCUCGGCCUUCUUUGAAGUCAAGCAAACCACUGAUCCAAACUUCCCAGAGACCCUCUUGAUAGCAAUAAACAAACAUGGUGUCAGCCUGAUCGACCCCAAGUCAAAGGACAUCUUAACGACACACCCGUUCACUAAGAUCUCCAACUGGAGCAGUGGAAACACCUACUUCCACAUCACCAUCGGCAACCUGGUCCGAGGCACCAAGCUGCUGUGUGAGACCUCACUGGGCUACAAGAUGGACGACCUCCUGACCUCUUACAUCAGCCAGAUGCUGACCACCAUGACUAAACAGAGCGGUUCCCGUGGCAACAUCAAGUGAUCUGGAAAGUAAUUGAUCCCGCUGUUGAGUGUAGUAGGCCUCGAGGGCUAUUACACUGUCUCAUUAAAACAUAGAAGGAUACAUACAACCCUUCCUCAUAACAUGCCAAAUCAAAAACAUGCACACACACACAGAUGCACUUGACUGAUUUUCUCCCAAAAAUGUGGAUCAAAGAGAGUGGGAAAUGCAGGAGAAUCUCUGGUCUUUGAGUCUAUUCUACAGAUACUUCUCAUCUCAGAACUACAGGUACAACGUUGCUACAACGUCUGACUGCAAUGUCUGAGACAUUCGAUGAAUAUAAUGCAUCUCCACCACUAUUGUGUUAAAGAAAUGUACAUAGAUCAUUGGUUAAGGGGAUGGAGGGACGAUAGCGGCAUUGCGACUAGAAUUCUCUUUUUUUAUUGUCAGUAGGAAUUGUGACGAUUUACAUUUUUGAUUGAUGUUUUGGCCAUGACCAUAAUUUGACUGAUUGUCAGAUGUUGGUUUAUAGCUUGGAUCCUGUCUUAACAAUCACCGAUUGCCUUUAUUUGACCUAUACCCAAAUGCACAACCAACAAGUACAACUUGUUACAUGGCAACUAAUCAGGAGCUUUGUUUAUAAAAUGUUUUUACGCAAAAAUGUUUUUGGUCCAAUUUUGUGAUUUAUAAAUAUUGGGCCUAAACCUAUACAACUAAGGCUUGUCCAUACUGUAUAUCUCAUGUGUAAUCACUAUUAUAUUUUGGUUUAGAGUUUAAUUCAACAUUAUUCCUUAUCAUUAUCACAUGCAGGCUAAAUAGUUUAUUUCAAUAUCAAUUCAUACCCAAUCAGUGUUAUUAGUACAUUUUAUGAGUACAGUCAGAUUUACCUCUAGACAUUAGCUGGCUCUAGGACUUUGCUUACAGUGUGUAUACCACAUCACUGUAAAAACCUUUAGUGGAAAGUUGACAAUAUUUAAUAAUGUGAUAUUUCUA